AGCGCCGGGAUGUGUGAGCCCCCCUCCCUGCAAUGUUAUCAGGCAAAUACAAAGGAUUUAUUGUCACACAGCUUUGUCCGCACGGUGCUCGCCGGCCUCCUGAAGCCUUCCCACUCUGAUUGAACGCAAUGGGUGGGCACAGUUUGUGUUGGUUAGAAUUUCACUAUUAACCUCCAUAUUUCACCCAUACAUUAAAAAAAAGGAAAAGCAGCCUCAGAGUCAGAGUUGGUUGAAUGAGAGGAUGGCACAGGUGGAGGAGCCUCAAACCGAAGGAGAAGGAAGCCCCCAGAUGAUCUCCUUGAGAUCGGACAUAUCGGGGAACCACACGGAAGACGGAGAAGGGGGACCCUCUAUAAGGAGGAAGAGGAGGAAGAAGAGAGACCCACGUCCAGAGUCCAUCAUUGUGUACCGCUCUGAGAUGGACAGGGCACCCGGAGAGGACCAAGACGGUGAGGAGGCAGCAGAGAGGAGCACCGAGGAAGGAGCUAAAUUCCUCUGCACACCCACAGGCGAAGGCGGAGGCUGGAACCUUCCUCCAGACAGCCGCUAUGUGACCCUGACUGGCACCAUCACCCGAGGGAAGAAGAAGGGUCAGGUGGUGGACAUACACGUCACUCUGACGGAGAGGGAACUCAGGGAACUUGCCAAGUCGAAGGAGCGUCUAGAUGCGGAAUGCGAGGCGGGCGAAGGUGGCAAACGCAGCUGCAGCUUGGGUGUGUGCCAGGGACCUCAUGUUGUCCUGUGGAGCCUCUCGUGCGCGCCUGUGAUCUUCCUCCUCUCCUUCAUCACCUCCUUCUACUACGGCACGCUCACCUGGUACAACGUCUUCCUGGUGUACAAUGAGGAGCGGACGUUCUGGCACAAGAUCACAAUUUGCCCCUUCCUCAUCAUCUUCUACCCCAUGCUCAUCAUGCCCAUGGCGCUGUCGCUGGCUCUGUACUCCGCCGUGGUGCAGGUGUCCUGGGCCUUCAGUGAGUGGUGGCUGUCGGUGCGAGACCUGGAGAAAGGCUUCUGUGGCUGGGCCUGCGGGAAACUGGGACUUGAGGACUGUUCACCGUACAGCAUAGUGGAGCUGCUUGACUCUGACACUGUUUCUGGCACUCUGCAGAGCAAGGCGCCCAGUGAACUUGCCCAGACAUCAUCAGUGUGAAAGAGGGACACUGAGGUCAAGAGGUUGGCGUGAAGGAAAGUUAGAGGUGCUUUCAGUAUAAAUUUGGUCAUAGAGGACGUACAAAAACCAGAAAAUUCAAGUCACUCAUAGAAAGUUCAGCAUAAAGCUUAGUUUCUGACCUUGGAAAUACUAAUUUGACAGAAAAUUCAAGAUCCAUUUACUUGAUUUAAAUAAAUUAUCUGCUGACGAAAGGCUCUGAUAUUUUGCUGAAAACUACAACAAACAUCCAGAGCCGUUUGAUAAGAUUUUUGUGCAAACGUAUUUAAAAGCUACUUCACUAUGCUUUCCUGUAAAUGAUAACUUAUUAAACACUGCCUGAACCUUCCUUACUGUAGGUGCUGAAACGUUACUAAAAACUCUGGAUUAGUUUUUUUACUUCCAGGUUCAUUACAGCUUCCCUCAGAUCACUAAAUAGCCACCAAACAAUUCCUGAACAGCACUUCCACUCAGAGGCUGUGGACACUAAUACACGUACUAACGGAAGCCUGAAAGUUUGAAUUAAGUUUCACCUCAUCUGUAAAUAUCUGUACCUGCGUAUUUGUGAUCACUGUGCCGUGCAAUGACAUCGAGAGGAGCUUUAACUCUGAAGGCAACACUGUCUUGUCUGUGAAGUCUCCAUAAACACGAGGAGGAAGACUGGAUUAUUAACUGUGAGAAGUGGGCAACGGGGCCACUGAUGCAGGUUAACUGUGUGUCUGUUACUUUUAUUGCUUGUUUCAGUGGGAAUAUGCACCACGACGACAGCUUCCACUAAAACAAGAAUCUGUCCAGUGAAGCGACUGUGUGUCAGUUUUGAAACUAUAAGCCUGGCGUUACCUUAGAUUUUUCAUAUUGGCGACAAACCCCAUGAAAAGACCAAAAUCAACAAUAUUCCCUCCUCUGUCUGUUACACACAAUCCCACCAACAACUUUUGUUACUGGAGACUUAGAUCUAUCAAAUUGGGCCACAUUGCUUUCCUCAAACAGCUGGCUACUUCAGCUUUUAGCAAACGUAACAAGCUGAAAUGGAAAUAAAUGGUGCAUUAGCUGGGAACGUGUUUGAUGUGAGUAUUUCCAGCACCAGGACGAUGUGCAUGAGACUGACCCAUAGUGAACCAUUGAUCAUUUCAUGUAUAACCGAAACCUUCCAGUAUAUGUCAUGGAUUUUUAUUUUUUUAUUUUUUAAAUAAUGUAAAAACUUCUAUUAGGUUUGUAGGAUCUUGCAAAAUCCUAAAGAUUUACUCUAAACCUUUUUUUAAUUAUACAUUUUUUAGGCUUUUGAAGUCCGUUUUUUAUGCAGUGCCAAACAGCUCCCAGAUAUGACAGAACUGUAGUCAUACGACAUAGAAUCUAAAUAUAUUAGUAAAAAAAAUAAUGGAGAUAUUUCUUUUUGAAGAAUUGUGAUUUAUCAGUGGGGUGGAAAAUGAUCUAUUCUUAUUAUUUAAAUAUUGUAAAAACAUUCAGCAACAAAUGUUUAGUUGCAAAUGACCCUUAAGGUUUCAUGGAUGUUCAGCACAAUCCAGUGGGGGAAAAAUCAGUGAGACUUAGAAAGUAAUUAGAAAAAUGUUGAAAUUUAGCUCAGAGGGCCAAAUGUUUGUACCUAACAUUUUGAAUUAGAAAGUUUAGAAUUUUGCAAGGUCUGGUAAACUCAAUAAAAGCUUUUACUUAUGUUUUGUUUUUUUUAUACCAAGCAAAUCCAUGACCUAAACUAGGAGGAUCAAGAAAGUUGGAGUUCAGGCUUUGGCUGCAGAUAGAACUUGCUAGAAGGUUUUCAUUCAUAAUGGAUGUUUGUCUUUUUAUGGGGUUUGUUGAAAAUAAGCAGACAUGUAGAACAUGACCAGGCGUUAGUACAGAUCAGUUAUAAUACCUGUGUUAUUCUGGAUGAUGUCUGUGUUUCAAAAAAAUGACCUGAAACACAUUAAACUCUGGGGCAGGAUGUAUUCAAGCAUGUGAGUGCUUGUUGGUUUCUGGGAACGUCAGCUAAUUGCGUUUAUGCUUCCAUCUGUAGUGAGCCCUGUACGCGAUGGAGCGUCUAAGCAAUGCACUAAGACUGGGAGUGAGGGAGGUAGGCCCUUUGCUCUUCUUUGCUACAGGCUCCUCCAGGGCGUUAAUUCAGCCAUGACAAAGCCAUAGUGAGGACAAGCUGACUAAUCAUCUUUCUUUUAAUUCUCAUGUUGAAAGCAUCCAAACAGCUGUUUGUGAUCUUAAACUACUUGUGUUGUCUUCGCAGUCUUGGUCCACAAACACACACAUAAAAUGAAGUUUUCGGUAAUUUUCUAGUUGAUGAUUCUUUUCACGUUUCCACACAUUCAUGUUUUAUAUGCUACUUUGAUUUAUUUUAUAUAUUUAAUGCUAGUACACUCUCAGAAGUUGUUGUAGCUACAGUAGGUGUUUUAUACUGAAGCACUUUGGAAUAAAUGUGUCGCAAACACACUGAAAUUGUUCGCAGAUGGGUUUGGUUUGAAAAGAUCGGAUGAUUUAAAUAUUUACGGAUACACCUGGCCGGGUGAAGUAAUUCAGUUGUAUUUUCAUGCAGGAAAAGACACCGAUCAGUUGUUGUGGAUUGAAUCUGUUUUCCACAUUACAUGUUUUGAAUCUACAGAAUGCAAAGUAAAGAAUUAUACAGAAAAAUGAAA